AUGUCCGGCGAAGGCAAGCCUCCCUCUGACAUGACAGAGGCAAUCCCUCCCUAUUCUCCCGGCGCCUCUCCGGGGGCCAAAGACCGCCUGAUACGCCGCCGGGUUACCGUUGACGGCCGUGUCCGUUCUGGAUGCUUGACUUGCAAGACCCGCAAAAAGAAGUGCGAUGGACAGAUCUCCAGCGUUGACAACCGCUGCAGAGCCUGCAUCCGCCUGGGGCUCGUCUGCGAACAAUCGCCCCUGCGAAAGGUGGCACCACGACGUCGGACGCUGACAACAGAGGUAGCUACUACGCCAGAGAAUAUCAGCAACAAGCAGCAAGAGACCCAGAGCCAGGCCCGUUCUGACGGCAAGAUGGGCGAUUCUCAAGAUCAAACUCCUCCCAAUUAUAGCGAAGACUCCCUGAACAGUAUAGAACCACUGCUGCUCAAAUACUUCCUCAGUGACGUCGCACCACUCUGCUCAAUCCUGCAACAAGAUGGUGCUAGCUUCUGUUCUGUACUGCUGCCGAUGGCCAUCGUCGACUCCUCUCUAUUGCACGCUCUCUUCACCUAUGCUUCCGUCCAUUUCGAUGCCACCGCGCCCGUUUCAACGGCCAUCUCUCCCCGAACAAGGCUGGGGUUUGAGACUCAUGUCGCGCGCGGCAUCUCAAACGCAAUCGCUCGGAAUACCGUAACCGAAAGCACUGUGGCCUGCGCGCUGGUCGUUAGCACCGCUCAUGUUAUCGGCGGUGACACAUCUCGCUGGCUCCUACACUUGCAAGGUGCGGGACACCUAAUAAGCCACCUUGGUCCUCCACGGCUGCUCAAAAUCCCCGAUGGAGCGUUUCUUCUGCGAUAUUUCGCGUACCAUGACAUCAUGGCCGCCUUGAGCACUGGACGACACCCUUCGAUUGAGGGCGUAUAUUGGGCUCUCAAUAUUGAUGGAGAUGUCCAUUCCGCGGAUUCCUUCGUGGGCCUCGCGCAUCAUAUAUUUCGCCACAUCACGAGUAUCUGCGCGUUCGUUGCCGACACCUCUGAUCUCGACGCUUCUUCGAGUUGCGAUCGGUUGGCGAACGAAACUCUUCGGGCAGAAACCAUCGCUCAUGCACUUCGCUCACAGGAUUUGCACCUCCAACUGAGGUAUACAGAUAACUAUAGCGAAGCCCUUGUCCACCAUGCAGAGGCAUUCCGGUUUGCCGCUCUUUUCCAUCUCUACCGCCGAUUACUUCAUAUCUGCGGUCCAAGUGCCAUCUACGAACAGCACAUGGUGGAGUGUGUGCAACGUAUAUUCAGUCAUGUGUCCCUAGUUCCGUUGAACCUAUAUUGCGAAAUUGGAUUACUCUUUCCCUUGUUUAUGGCGGGAAUAGGCGGUGCCAACGAUGCAAGCGCCGUUCAUUACAUCCAAAACCGCCUCGACUACAUCGAAACCUGGACCAAGUUCAAGCAUGUAACAAGGACCCGGGAACUGUUGCAACUGCUUUGGGAUCAAAAGCGGACAGAUUGGGAGGUAGUGCUCCGGGAAUUAGAUUGGCAUAUAUCUCUGGCCUAA